AAGUUAGAUUAGGUUUGGUUAUGUAUCAUAUUGUUUGGUUAUGUAUAAUAUUGUACAGAUGCGAAACGCUCGAUUGGAUUUUGCGAUGUAAGAUGAUAAGAAACUGGCAGAAUGCAGAAGAAUUUAUGAGACGAGUUAAAUGCACAAACACAUGUUACGAAGUCUUGGCCGUCGUGUUGAAGAUUUUUGUACGCACGCUACCCUAAUAAGACAAACACAGAAACGUCAAAACAACGUUGCACAAAACGCUUGGAAUGGAUUAUGCAACGGUCGUCGACAAUGCAGUCAAACAAUUCUAUUCGGCGGGCAACAAUGAGGCUCACUCGUGGCUUCUACAGGUUCAAACCUCCCCCGAGGCUUGGCACUUUGUUUGGCAUCUCUUGGAGCCUUCUAAGUCAUUCGAAGCGCAGUUCUUUGCGGCGACAACUCUACACACAAAGAUAUCUAAGCAGUGGAAUGAAGUGUCUGAAGCAGAAUAUUCAAUAUUAAAGGAACGUUUGCUCAAUAGUGUGAGAAGACCCAACACUCCUACAUGUAUUCUUACGAAACUUUGUCAGGCGUUAGCUGCAUUUGUGGCUAACAUUUACAGUACAAGAGGGAGAGAAAAGGAUAGAAGUAUAAUUGACGAAUUACUCGACAUUUUACCAUAUGACUCUUCGGCAGCAUUGGAAUUGCUGCUUCGAGUGCUUUCAACGCUCCCUGUUGAGGUAAAACUUAUACUUAUGCUUAAUUUUCGCUUUCUAUGUAAUGUAAUGAUUACAAUACAAUUAUUUGUUCAGUACGAAAAGAAGUAUGAAGUGAAGAGUGCCAAAUCGCGGGAAGCUGUUGCCGAUCUAGUCAACAGCUGGUGCCAAACCGCGUGGUUCUUGCAACAAGUCUUUUCAAUAUGCAAUCCGCAGACUGAGGGCAGUGAUAGCACAUUGUUUUCUUUAGGAUUGGAAUGUGCUCAAUCGUGGCUUAAAGUUGGUCAGUUACCUUUAGAAACCACUGGCCAGAUCUAUCCUUAUUUAUUAAUGGCUGCAAGUUAUUACGCACCUGAUAGAGAAAGCGGCGACGACGAAAAUAUCAGGAACUGGGAAAUAGUACAAGAAUGUCUGAUCAUGAUUGUAACGCACUACGAUCUUCACAAACACCCGCACACUUUCUGGGAGUGGGCCAAAGGUUUGGUAGUGAUGGCGCAGCAGAACAGUACGAAAUAUUUCUGCGAGAUACUAACUGCUAUUGGAGAGGCUCAUAGCCGAGCAUUUCUGAUCGCUCUGGCCGAAAAUUUCGACGAAAUGCGCACCACAACGAGCAACGGUUUGAUCACACUGUUGUUAGAAUGCUCGGACCAGAGCGGACGUUAUCCUACAGACGAGACGCGCAGCUGUAUCCCGUUUGGAUUCUGGUACGCGCUGCAAGAUGACCUUACGACGCUGGAUCAACCUUUGGAGAACCGAGCGCUGCAGGCGCUGAAGCCCAUUUACUACCGAUUGGCUCAGGCGUUACUGCGAAAGUCGACGUUACCUGCAUCUCCGGACGAGGAGGGAAACGCGGAUGAGCGCGAGCUCUUUCGAUGCUACAGGCAAGACGCAGCGGACACACUGGACUACUGUUACAGUGUUCUUGGCAAUGACCUUCUGGCACUUCUCGGGCAACGAUUGAGUCUAUCAGACUCACCAUGGACCUUCGUAGAGUCCACGUUACACGCUUUCAAAGCUUUGUCGGAAAGCGUUAGCACUCAAGAGUACUGCUAUAUACCUGCGUUGAUAAACUUGAUUCUCCUUCACAUACCUUAUCAUCUUUACCCUGAAGAGGUAUUAACGUGCGCCUGCUCGACAUUGGGUGCGUAUGCCGAAUGGAUCGGAGAGCAUCCGGAACCUUGGCUGGAGAAAGUGUUGCAGCUUGUCAUUCAAGGCCUGACGCGGGGCUCGAUGACGACGCCGUUCGCGAGUAUGGCGUUGAAGGACUUGGCCAGGGAGUGCGGAUCGCAUUUGGCUCCUUACGCGCCGUCCGUCCUCCACACGAUCAGUCAAACUUUACCGAAUGUCGAGCCCGGUGGCGGGGAAGGCUUGCGACUUAUGUACGCAGCCGGGAAGCUGCUGAAUGUGUUGCCCACCGUGGAGGAGCAACUGGUGCACCUGGAGGCAACGUUAGGAUUAUGCGUGACGAAGAUGAAGGAGCUGCUCGGACAGCCGCUGUUCACCGCGCGGAUGGCGAUGACGAAUUAUCUGAAGAUGGCCACCACGUUCUUCACCACCAUCGAGGGCGUGAUCGGUAAGGCUGUGUUGGACGGCGUGCUACCGAUAUUCAAUCAGAUUAUCGCGCACCCCGAGUGGAGCCAGGACAACGCCACGUUAGAAGCGAUGCACAUGUGCGCGCAACGAUCCCUCUCGGCGUUGCGACAGCCGGAGAUAGAAGCGCGUCCCUUACUGCCGAUCUUGUCGACUUCCUACAAGAUCUGGCCGCACGCGGCUGCGUUGAAUCUUCUGAAGCAGCUCGUACUGCUGUUCGGAAGGGAUCCGGAUAACAUCAUAGGGCCGGUGCUCGCGGAAAUGAGCUCGAUAACAUUGAACGGCGUGAAGGCGUGCAGAUCCGUGCAGGGCGAUCUGUCCGAUUGGUCGGAUCUGAUGGAGGCGUACCUAAGCGUGCUCUCGCAAAUCUGUAAGAAGAACGCCAGGAUGUUGUUGCAAAUCGCAGAUCAAAUACCGGACAUGCUGCAAUGCGGAAUCGCUUGUCUAACACUUCCGGAGACGGCCACAGCCAAAGCCGCCGGCCAUUUCCUUAGUCAUGCAAUUAUGCAGAGUCCGCAUCUUCAAACGUUUAUCCAACCGAUCGGACAAGAACUUGUCUCCGCAAUUUUACAUUGUGUCGGUGGAGCAGUGUCUCACAAUAAUUUAGAUCCUCACGCCGAAGUCUUGUUAGCGUUAAACAAAACAUGUCCUGAUUGGACCGUACAGUGGUUACGCGCUGGUCUGGAAAAUCAAAAGAAUCUCGCCGCCGUCGUAUUGCAAAAAGAUAACCUUACACGCAUUUUGCGUGAGAGAACAAAUAGGGGGCGACUUUGUGAGGUAUUAAAGGAAUUUAGUAUUCAAAGUCGUCAGAAAACGGGUCUGUGAUGACAAUAGAACUUUCGGUAUAACAUUGGCAAGUUUUACUGUAAGUAUGAAGUAAUCGAUUUAAAACAAUAUGUAAUACAUAUAAUUUGUUUCUUCUUAAUAAAUGCUCCAUAUUGUACAUAAU